AAUACGGCAUCGUGGACGGUCGUGGGGUCUUGUGUUCUCUAGUGUUCUUUAAAUCUUAAAUUAAUAUUUACGGUAAUAAGCCAAAAGAGUUAAAGUCUUAAAUUACAAAACAAAGAAGCUUUAAUACAGCAUUAAAAUCCAUUAAAUAACGACCAAAGUAAUAAAAUAAUUAAAACUAACAGCGAGCGAGCGUAUAGUGUUGCCAACGGGAGUUGACCAAGUGCAUUAAAAUAUUAAACAAAUAUCUAUUGCCGCGAAACAAUAGCAAAGAAAGUUUCUAUACAUAUGUAUGUAAUGCACAGUGCAAAAGGAUAAAUAAUUUCGAGGUCAAAUUUCAUAAAAAAGAAAGCAGCUUGUCAAGGCUUUGCAAACAUAAGUAAGGAAAAUCAAGAGCAAGUGCAGACAGUGUACAAGUUGAAGAAGUUCAGUGAGUUUUCAUACAAGAAGAAUUUUGUGAAUUUAUUUGUCGAACAAGGAAAUUCGAAUACAAAACUACGCUCUCGAAGUAUAAACAAAAGCGCUAAAGUAAACAAAACAAAAUAAAACGAAAAUUGUUAAAGGCCAAACAACAACAAAAAUAACAACAAAAAGAUUCAUUCACACAACGACGUGAAGACACACCAAACAUCAUUUCUUUUUGGAAAAAGUGCAAAGCCAACAAAAGCAAUAACAAAAGCAAAGUAAAAAAAAAUUAUCUGCAAAGAGAGGUACAAAAACAAAACAAAACACACACACAUACUCACAUAACUCAUACAAAAAAUAAUCUGAAAUGGGUAAAUUAUUGAGUUUAUUGGCACGUGAUGACUCAAACUGUUGCACGGCCAAGUCGUACGAUGUGUUUUUGGAUUUUGAGAAUGCGGCACCCACGGAAACCGAACGUGAAGUUUACGAUGAGGUGGAACGUGUGCUAAAGGAAUCAGAAGCUGUGCUGGAAGAGAUAACAGUCUACAAGGGUGCUGGUAAAGAAAUCCGCGAAGCCAUUGCCGAUCCCUCACCACAGUGCCAAGAAAAAGCCUGGUCUGCUGUCCUGCCUUUAGUGAUAAAACUGAAACGUUGCUAUGAACAUUCAAUGGAACUGGAAAAAAUCGUACCAAAACUAUUGGGCCAACUGGUGGGUGGUAAACUUAAUCCUACACAACACCUGGAAACACAACAGGCCCUGGUCAAACAACUAGCGGAAAUUUUAGAAUUUGUUUUAAAAUUCGAUGAACACAAGAUGAAAACACCUGCGAUACAAAAUGACUUCAGUUACUACAGACGUAUCGUCAGCCGGCAACGUAUCGAUGCCACAAAUAAUAUGCUGGUCAGCACGGAAUUGGCCAAUCGCAUGUCAUUGUUUUAUGCCCAUGCAACGCCCAUGUUGAAAGUAUUAAGUGAAGCUACCUCCAAAUUUGUCCAUGAUAAUGCCGAUGAUGUUGACAACACAACGGAAACACUGGGCACAAUGGCAAAAGUGUGUCUGAGAAUGCUAGAAAAUCCUAAACUUUUACAGCAAAUAGAACGCGAAGAAACCCAAAUGCUAGUGCUGCGGGUUAUGGUCGGUCUAGUAAUUCUCUACGAUCAUGUUCACCCGGUAGGCGCAUUUGCUCGCGGUGCACAUGUCGAUGUCAAAGGAUGUGUGCGAUUGUUGCAGGCACAACCUGCCAUUAGAGCAGAACCACUACUAAAUGCCCUGAGAUAUACGACAAAACAUUUGAAUGAGGAGAAUACUCCAAAAAAUAUUAGAAAUCUACUGGCAGCAUAAUAUACAAGUCCAGCAGAGAAGCAACAAAAACUACAACAAGAGCAAACGGAAUAUAAAAAGGACGAUAAAAAAAUAUAUAUUUUUUAUUGGAGGUGCUGUUCAAAUGGUGCACGACGGCUAUCAAUCAAGUGCCGGUUGUUUUUUAACAUAACCACCACCUCAUCUCCCUCCCAAGCGAGGGGGGUAUACGUCGUAGGUCGUCUUUUAUAUUUUUUAGAAAAUAAAUAAAAAAAAAAAUAAACAAGAAAACAAGAAAAAUCUAAAUAAUUUUAUGUAUUGUGCGUGCUUACGUGUUUUUAUUAUUAUUUUGUUUUAUAUAUAUAUAAUUAAUUAAUUAUUUUUAUUAUUAUUAUUGUGUCUUAAGAUUUUUUACCUUAAAAUUAAUAUAUAAAUAGAAUUGUUGAGGUUUUCCCAUCACCGCAACAACAUAAAGAAAUGUUACAACAAACACCA